GCCAUAUAGUAUGCAGCAACCGGAGGAGUCACGUUGGGGGAACGGCAGAAAGCAGCUAUCCGUUUACACUACUUUGCUCUAGCAGCUAUCUUAAUGGUGACUGCGUGGCCGGGGGGAAACCUGAUCGGCCAGAUCCAGCCGAAACCAGGAGGGAGGGAGUGGGCUUUCCGGAGGGGGAGAGGAGGGAGGGAGACGAAGGAGGAGGAGUAAGAGAGGAGGAAAGAAAGAGGAAAAGAGUGCGAGGGAGUGAGGGAGGGAGGAAAAUAAACAACAAAAAAUGUCCUCUUCCUCCCCCACCGGGCAGAUCGCAAGUACGGCGGACAUCAAGCAGGAGAAUGGGAUGGAAAGCGCCUCGGAAGGGCAGGAGGCGCACCGAGAAGUGGCGGGGGGCGCGGCGGUAGGGCUGAGCCCCCCGGCUCCAGCCCCUUUUCCCCUGGAGCCGGGGGACGCCGCGACCGCUGCCGCCAGGGUGAGCGGAGAGGAAGGGGCAGUGGCGGCGGCGGCGGCCGGAGCGGCGGCGGAUCAGGUACAACUCCACUCGGAACUUCUGGGCAGGCACCACCACGCCGCCGCCGCCGCCGCCGCGCAGACCCCGCUGGCCUUCUCGCCCGACCACGUCGCCUGCGUGUGCGAGGCACUGCAGCAGGGGGGCAACCUGGACCGCCUGGCCCGGUUCCUGUGGUCCCUGCCCCAGAGCGACCUGCUACGUGGCAACGAGAGCCUGCUGAAGGCGCGGGCGCUCGUGGCCUUCCACCAGGGCAUCUACCCCGAGCUCUACAGCAUCCUCGAGAGCCACAGCUUCGAGUCGGCCAACCACCCGCUGUUGCAGCAGCUCUGGUACAAGGCGCGCUACACCGAGGCCGAGCGAGCCCGCGGCCGGCCGCUGGGAGCCGUGGACAAGUACCGGCUGCGCAGGAAAUUCCCCCUGCCCCGCACCAUCUGGGACGGCGAGGAGACGGUGUAUUGUUUCAAGGAGAAGUCGCGCAACGCGCUCAAGGAGCUCUACAAGCAGAAUCGCUACCCUUCGCCCGCCGAGAAGCGGCACCUGGCCAAGAUCACCGGCCUCUCCCUCACCCAGGUCAGCAACUGGUUCAAGAACCGCCGGCAGCGCGACAGGAACCCCUCCGAGACCCAGUCCAAAAGUGAGUCAGAUGGCAACCCCAGCACUGAAGAUGAAUCCAGCAAGGGACAUGAGGAUUUAUCUCCUCACCCACUCUCCAGUUCAUCUGAUGGCAUCACCAACCUCAGCCUUUCCAGUCAUAUGGAGCCAGUAUAUAUGCAACAAAUUGGAAAUGCUAAGAUAUCAUUAAGCUCUUCUGGAGUUCUGUUGAAUGGAAGCUUGGUACCUGCAAGUACUUCACCUGUCUUCCUUAAUGGAAAUUCUUUUAUUCAGGGACCCAGUGGAGUUAUCCUUAAUGGAUUAAAUGUGGGAAAUACACAGGCAGUGGCAUUGAACCCACCAAAAAUGUCAUCAAACAUUGUGAGCAAUGGUAUAUCCAUGACUGACAUACUGGGGUCUACUUCCCAGGACGUGAAGGAAUUCAAAGUCCUCCAGAGUUCUGCUAACUCAGCAGCCACCACGUCCUACAGCCCCAGUGUCCCUGUCUCAUUCCCAGGCCUGAUACCCAGCACUGAGGUGAAAAGAGAAGGCAUUCAAACAGUGGCUUCCCAAGAUGGGGGCUCUGUAGUGACUUUUACUACACCAGUGCAAAUUAACCAGUAUGGCAUUGUCCAGAUCCCCAAUUCCGGAGCAAACAGCCAGUUCCUUAAUGGGAACAUUGGAUUCUCUCCACUGCAGCUGCCCCCUGUGUCAGUGGCAGCUUCACAAGGUAAUAUCUCAGUAAGCUCAAGCACUUCAGAUGGAAGCACAUUUACAAGUGAGUCUGCCACAGUCCAGCAAGGAAAGGUUUUCUUGAGCUCUCUUGCUCCCAGUGCAGUGGUAUACACGGUUCCUAAUACAGGCCAGGCUAUAGGAUCUGUGAAACAGGAAGGCUUGGAAAGGAGCCUGGUAUUUUCUCAGUUGAUGCCUGUCAAUCAGAACGCACAAGUAAAUGCAAACCUAUCUUCCGAAAACAUCUCGGGGAGUGGCCUGCAUCCACUGGCCUCCUCAUUAGUUAAUGUAUCUCCAACUCACAAUUUUUCUCUCAGUCCCCCUACACUACUAAAUCCCACUGAGCUAAACCGCGACAUUGCCGAUAGCCAACCAAUGUCUGCACCGGUGGCAAGCAAAUCUACUGUGACAUCUGUCAGCAACACUAACUAUGCAACUCUUCAGAACUGCUCCCUUAUUACUGGUCAAGACCUAUUGUCAGUCCCUAUGACUCAGGCUGCCCUUGGGGAAAUAGUUCCUACAGCUGAAGAUCAGGUAGGUCACCCCUCCCCAGCAGUACAUCAGGAUUUUGUCCAAGAACAUCGUUUAGUUCUGCAAUCAGUAGCUAACAUGAAAGAGAAUUUCUUACCGAAUUCUGAGAGCAAAGCAACAAGUAGCUUAAUGAUGCUGGACUCUAAAUCCAAGUAUGUCUUAGAUGGCAUAGUUGAUAAUGUCUGUGAAGACCUGGAAACAGACAAAAAAGAGCUUGCCAAGCUCCAGACUGUCCAGCUGGAUGAAGAUAUGCAAGACUUAUGAACUUUAUUUCCUCCUCACCUCUUUUUGGCAUCAGCGGCAAAUCUUUUCACGAAGCCCCAAGGACACAAAAGAUUUUCCCAUUUAAAGGAAAACACUCUAGUUUUGCAAGUAUAUGCAUACAAGAGACUUUAGAUUGAUCUGCAUGAAGAUCACAGUUAAGUAUACCGAAGUAGAACUGCAUUAUUGCAGCCUUUUUGUUCACUUAUAAAUGUUCUCUUUUAAAUAGAUGGAGACAAAGGACAAGGUGAAAUGUAUCAAGUCAAAGUGAAUCAUUUAGUUGACUCUAUAAUUCUAAGGUCAAAAUGGAACUUGAUAGUUUUUUAAAUUAAAAAAUGUAUACACCUAACAUAGAAAAUUAAAGAUAGCUGCAGACCAUUAGAAAUAAUACAAUUGUUUUUGUUUACUUUUACUCCAUGGGCAUUGAAAAGGUUAAGAAACAUAAAUGGUACGUAUUUUUAAAGUUAAGUAGCAUGCGUAUACAUAUGCACACACACCUCUUUUUCAGCAUUUUUUGAGAAAGUCUUGGGUUAAGUCUCAACACAUUUCCAAAUGUGAUUUCUAAUAGCUCAGUGUGGCUGAGAAAGUGCGGGACUCCACUAAAAACUCUGAAACUUCAGUAUGAAUGUAAAUAUAUCAGUUCUGUAAGCAGGAUUUGAGUAAUUACAGUGAAUUUUAUUUAUACUGUAUAUGUUUCUCUUCAGGCGCUAUGAACUGAAAAAUAUGUUUUCUUACUGUUUAAUUUAUUUUUAUUGUUUGAACAGGAAGUGAACAUAGUUGUUUCCAACAAAGUUUUACUUUUUGUAGGAUUUUAAAAAUAAUUAUUUUUACCAGGAAUCUAUUAAGGUCAAUAUUAAUAACACUGAAACGGAAAUCUAACUCCCAAUAUUGGAAUUUUGGUACCUUUUUUCACAUCCUUGUUCUUUAUUUAGCAACUCUGAUUCAUUUAAAUAUGUUUUUUAUAGAAUUCUAUGUGCCUUUUUACCUUGUGGCCUUUUUAUUAGUAGUAAGGUACAGAAGUGUCAACAGAAGCACUGAUGGUUCUUUUCUACUAUCUAACAGGGUUAAUUUCACCACAAAAUUGCUUUAAAUCUGAAGAACUUAAGUUUCACUAAAUAUUAUAUAUGAUAUUUAUCACACAAAUGGAUAACUAAUUGUUGAUACUUUUCAUUACAAGGAAAAUAAGUUAUAAAUACCAUAUAAAAUUGAUUAUACAGGCUAUGAAAACCAUUUUAAAGGAAAGAAAAUAUGUAAAUUCUAUUGAGCAAAAUUCUGUCCUGUUGAAACUUAGUUCUAAAAGUUUUGAAUCAGUUGUUACACUCUGACACAUGACUGUUGUUUGCACUAUAUUAUCAUGUUUUCUUUAAAAGUAAAUAUUUUGGGUUUCUGUAAGAAGCUUGUUUAAUAAUGUUGUAAGCCGUGGCUAUAGUUUUAUCAAGACUCUGAACACAGGAUGUAACAAUAACAAUGCAAAUAAAUUUAUGUAGUGAGUAAAGUUACUCUCUAGUCUCUGAAAAGCAAAAAAAGUGAGAAAAUAAUUUCUUCAGAGAUAACUUCAAGUUGUUGAACAUAAAGAUGUUAGAUGUUAGCACAUCCUGUUUUUUUGUUUUUUUUUUUUGAGAUGGAGUCUCGCUCUGUUGCCCAGGCUGGAGUGCAGUGGCGCGAUCUUGGCUCACUGCAAGCUCUGCCUCCUGGGUUCACGCCAUUCUCCUGCCUCAGCCUCCCGAGUAGCUGGGACUACAGGUGCCUGCCACCACGCCCGGCUAAAUUUUUGUAUUUUUAGUAGAGACGGGGUUUCACCAUGUUAGCCAGGAUGGUCUCAAUCUCCUGACCUCGUGAUCCGCCUGUCUCGGCCUCCCAAAGUGCUGGGAUUACCGGCAUGAGCCACCGUGCCCGGCCACAUCUUACUUUUUUUUAUGAUCAGAACAAAGGGCCCACUCUAGUUCUCUACAUGUCAAUCAAUCAAGUAUGUUGAAUAAGGGACAUAGAGGAUUUAACUUUUGUUAUCAUAAGUGGAACUUGCAGGCAUAUAUGAAGAACCCUAUGAAGAAUUCCUCUCCCAUCAUUUUGAUAAAGAACUACAUCAUUUUUUAUAGAAUUGGUGAAUGUUCCUAAACUGCUGAAGCUACAUGUUUUUUGUUUUGUUUUACAAAGUCAGGUGUUUAAGAGUUCUUUUCCACUCUACUACUACUUAUAGAGCUUGUUUUUUCUUUGGGUGUGUGCUGAUCCUGUUACUGAGAUUAAUUACGUGGCUCUGUAGUGUAGUUUACAUAAAAAUGAUGUUUUCCACUUGAUUGCUGCAGAUAUCAACAGUUUGUUAUUUUCAAAUACCCAUCCAAUAAGAGAGAUGGGAAGGUUUUUAAAGUUAUAUAUGCUACAUAUAUAUAACUGGAAAUGUUUUAUAUGUUUUCCGAAAAUAUAAUAAGCCUCUCUUUUAUUCAGCGUUCUUCCUCUUUUCUCCCUUAUGAAAAAGAAAAGAUAGCACAAAACUUAAGACUUACCUAGGAAACCCAUUCAUACUCCCACCAUGAUGUAAUUAUAACCCUACAAUUACUUCAGGUAGCUACACAAUAUACCAGGUAAGAAUCAAUGCACAGUGUAAAGAACUUACUGUUCUUUUCUAUUCUUUCAGUUGAAUAAGGGCCAGUUGGUAUGCAGCCCAUGUAUAUGUGAAUGGAGUAAGAUAAACCCCAUGAUCUCCUUGCACAGAAUUGCAAAUGUCUUUUGCCAUACCAAGGGCCAGACUCAGAACCCUUGGAGUUCAUGUGGCAGAAUUUCCCUCUUACAUAAACCAAUGCUUGAAAAUGCUGCAAAUGACCCUCUAAUGAUCCCUGAAGAUCAAAAUAGGGGUAAAUGACUCCCUGCAAAACCCAACCCAUGCUGCUGGCUGUGGGAUUUUUGGUGUAAGCCUAUCUAUGCACUCUAUCAGCCAGAAUUUGGCAUUUAGCUCUUAGUUAAAUCUAGUAAAGGACAGUCUAUUGUUUAAAGAGAAGGUGCAUUUGUUCCUCAAUCAAGCAAGAGCGCCUGUGUUGUACUGCUUUAUAUCUCAUGUAUAUUUAUAAUAAUGAAAAGACUUUUUAAAUUGUACACGUUUCAGUGCCUUUCUUGUGUUACGAAAGGCAGGUAGAUAUUAUAGCCAUAGGUAAAAAUCCAUAGUUAAAUUGCACACUGACCUUAAAUCUCUCUGUGUAUGCCCUUGUAUCUUGCAUGUUAAAAGUUGGAUUAUUGGGCAUGUGUGGCAGCCUGCCCUGCUACAUGCUAGAGAAGUGUGCAUUAGUACAUAGCCACAAGUUCUUCAUUCUUUAAAACGUUUUGACAGAUCAUCUCAUAAUAAAAAUAAUUCAGGAAAACUAUGGGGAAAUAAUGACAUUUCACAAAAGAUAUUUUAAACUCUUUGUAAAACUUAGAUAAUAGAGCCUAGCAGUUACUUUGUAUCUAAUUGAUACAUUUUAUGUUAAUUUACCACCAUACAUUUUAUUAAUCAAAAUUAUAUAGCAUGUGACUCUUUUGGCUUUCAGAGUUCUCAAAAAUAUUCUUUUGUUGCAUGUACUCUAUGUUUAGAGGCAACCAAUUAUAUACUCAAUAUGGUUUUACUGUGCCUUACACAAAGAAACUCUAUACAGAAUGUAUAUCAUGGGGUGGGGUAACAGAGUCUUUACUGCACUGUUAGGUGAUGGCACACAGAGCAUGUCCCAGAACAUUUCUGUGCUUAAUUACCCAACCAAAGAGAUCUAAAGUAUGUAUGUUGUACUGUAAUGGGGGUUUAUGCCUGGACAAUUAAAUGUUUUAUUUGUUUUCUGAAAUGAUGUGAACUUAUUUUUCUAAACACUAUGCUAAAUAAACUUUAUAUUUAUACAU